CCACACAGCGGCUAUUCUGUGUGUGUGUGUCCCGUUUACGGCAUCCAUCAAUCGGAGUUACGGAACGGAUGAGAGAAAAGGGCGCCCACAAGUUCGCAAAUGUAUGUAUAAACGUACUGCCGAUUCCCUCCCAUCGAAUUAAUGCAAGCAGUAGUUGCUUUCGUAGAGUUAUAAGUAUGUAUAUAGCGAGUAGCAGCAGUCAAGCAAAGUAUCAACAACUGUAAAGGCAUCGUCGAAGCAUUCUGUGCGAUAGCUGGGCUUGGCCGAGCGGAAUCAGCGAAGGCUGAACACAGUUGUUGAAGGAGAUGAGGACUUCUGGUCGAUGGCGGGCCGAGUUGGCGUCGCACGGGGGAUCCUUGGAGUUCUUGCCGUUCUCCUGGGUGCAACGCGUGCUGCCGAAUUGCUGAUCUUCGUUGAGAAUCCCGGUGGACAAAUCCUGCAGGAGAAUAUUACGACUUUUGGACAACAUAUCAUCAUCUCGUUCGACCGUCAAGAUUCGUCCGCAGUCACAUUAUGGUACGAUUAUGCGAACGGCGUGCAAAUAUUCCGUUUCCUACUUUCGGGGGAAGAGGAACUUGGUCAAGGCGGCGUCACAAGAGCAGUAUGCUAUGCAACGUUCUUUGAUAGAGAAUCGCUGGUUCCUGUAAAUGCAAUGUACAAAUUACGGCAACGCAAUGCAAAUGUCGUACGCUUCGCGGAAUGGGACAAGGGCCGGGAAGAAAUUUACUUAGACCGCAAGAUUGAGACAGUGUCUGCUGACGCACUCUCGGAACAACUGGCUUCGCUCUGCGCAGACACUGAAUACAUUUAUACGAGACAGACGGACUUGCAGUCGUGGAUGUCAUCUAAAGGCGCUCCAAAACUCACUGCUCUAAAUACAUCGAAAGUUCUGCUCAAGCCUGCGCAACAGGUGCAUUGUUCAAGCGAUCCUGCUCCGUGGGCCCCUUGUGCCUGUCGUCUUACUGCAUGCAUACAUUGGUAUCCCUGUGCUCUACGCUACUGCGAAAAUAAUGGGGUAUGUGGAAUUCGUACGUGUAGCAAAUGCUACGACAUGUACCAUACAGAAGAUGGUCGUAGACGCUGCAUCAUAUGAUGUGGGGUACCAACCAUAAAAACGAGAACUGAUACCGUCAAACAGAUAUUAAUUCUGCAACCUUCAUAUCUUCCAUUGUAUUGUACCUAUACGCAACGCGCUUUGAUAGUGCUGAAUCAGAAUGCCCAAACAUUGAAUUAUCUGGCAUGAGUAUAGUGACUUUUGUUGAGUUGAUAAUAUGGUCAGGAAGAGAAGAUUGUGAUGGCACUCCAUGUCUGUAUUUUCAUGCAGCACAGUAUGCUUCGUGUAAGACCGACAAUUAUGUGUUGAACCUGUGGUUUUAGCAUGGGGAGGGGGCAUGGAGCGCAUGUCUUUUCAAUAUUACGGUAAUUAGCGCCGGAUAGUCGGCGUUUUUUUCGUUUUUUUCUCAUGACCAGAACGGUAUUUUUUCUGAACACUCAAAAAAGUGACCUGCCAUCGUCAAUGUUGGUAAUAAAUAGAGCACCAAUAUUUCUUGAACGGGCUGUUUUCUAGCGAAAAGUAUUCGAAUACAAGCAAUUAUAGUGAUGAAAUGCAUAACAAUGUAUAUAUGAUGUACUUAAAGUCGUAAAGUAACUAAGGUUACUGGUGAAAGCGGAUGAUGCAAAAAAAUAGUAUGUCUAUUAUUCGGUCCUAUUUGGAUUGGUUUGGACAAAUUGAAGAAGAAUAAUUUCUGCUUUCAGGAAGCUUUCUUGUAGCGCUAAUGUUGCUACGAAAAUCAAUCUUCUAGGCAAAUAUCUUUUUAUGCAUCGUGUAGCAUUUGUAUUCAUUGACUGAUUGUAUACAACAAAACACUGAUAUAUACGUAGUUCUGAUUAUUAACAUAACACAUAAUUAAGAUGCCCGUAUUUAAUUUCGGUGUUUGGCAUUCACCAACCUCGCGGAAUAAUGUUAGUCACUACAACUUAGCUUUAGUCUAAACUUGAUCGGAUUAAAUGUGUUUAUCCUAAUGGGUGACGACACGCGAUUGCAAGAAUACAAUAAAAGGAAAGCAAGAUGUGGUACAAGGUUACUCAGAUUUAUAUUCAAACAAUUUAUACCCCUUUUGGGGUAUAAAUUGAACAAACAGAGUUAUAUGGCCCAUCCUUGCGGUGGGCUGCACCUUCGUGGUCUGCGCAAAUCUUAAUAAAUGCGCCACUGUGCCAGUUUUAUUAAGCCUGUUCAAGAAUGCGCCUAACCCUAGCUAUAAUGAAUAGCACUCAGAGCGUGACACAAGCCAUUGACAUUUAAAGAAACCAUCGAAAGGUGAGCAACUGAGCAGAACAUUUGGAUAAAGAAAACUUGUAUUAUCGUCGGCACAUAUUGGAGUUGCUUUGAAACUUUCUGAACACCUUGUAAAUGAUGUGAAUACAGAUUGCUUACCUGCUGAAUGCUAUAGAUCUAAUUUUAUCAGUACAUUAUUUUAUGGAUGCUUUUACAAUGUUUCAUACUGAUCUAGGAUUAAAAUGUAUUUGUAUAAGAAACCAAACGAAGUACAGGUAAACAUAGCAAAAAAAGCUACUAAAUUUUAAGAGAUCAAGGCCAAAGCACCUAAAAAGUGAACUGCUGUUACUACACAGUGAACAGGAUAUGGGGGAGCAGCCCUUGCGCGAGAAGCAGAGGUUAAGGUAACGUAUGCUGGUUAAUGCUAGUAGCAGUAAUCAGUAGUGCGAACGAGAGGUGAUGUAUGGUCACGCAUUUGUUUGGCAGCCUAGUGAAAUUAAUGAGCUAAUACUUGAAUACUCUUGUGAAUAAACAUAUAUAUCUGCCAUCAUUGUA